AUGAGUAUAGAAAGAGCCUCUUCAUCUGUACCUUCCUCUUCUUUGAAAUGGAAAUAUGAUGUCUUCCUAAGUUUCAGAGGUAAAGACACCCGAAAGGGUUUUACAAACAACUUAUACACUGAGUUGGUAGCUCAAGGGAUUGAAACUUUCAUGGAUGACCAUGAACUUCAAAAGGGGGAAGCCCUUUCUCCAGUACUUUUAACUGCAAUUGAAGAACCCAGAUUUGCAUUCGUUGUACUCUCAGUCAAUUAUGCAUCGUCAACAUGGUGCUUGGAUGAACUUUUGAAGAUUCUUGAAUGCAUGGAAACAAGGAUAACAGCUCUGCCAGUUUUCUAUGAUGUUGAUCCCUCUCAUGUACGACAACAGACAGGGAGUUUUGCAGAGGCUUUCAAUGAACAUGAAAAGAGAUUUAGGGAUGAUACAGAUAAGUUGCAAGGAUGGAGAACUGCCUUAACAAAAGUAUCAAAUUUCACUGGGUGGAAUUUGAAGGACUGGAGGUACGAACGAGAUCUCAUCAAAGAAAUAGUUGCAGUGGUGUGUGCGAAAUUGUUCCCUAGAUUGUUUAGAUCUGUGGAGAACCUAGUUGGAAUUGAUUCAAGAGUAGAAGCAGUUCAUUUGCUGUCACGGGAAGGUGUGCAUGAUGUUAGCUUUAUAGGGAUAUUGGGGAUGGGAGGGAUUGGUAAGACAACUAUUGCCAGAGUUUUGUAUGACAGAAUCUCUCAUCAAUUUGAAUUCAGUAGCUUUCUUUCAAAUGUUAGAAGCAAUGCAAGAAAAAAGUGGUCUGCUGCAGUUAACAAAAGAAGCUUAUUUCUAGGAUGCGUGGGAAAAGAUGUUGACGUAUGGGAUGUUCAUGAAGGAGCCAAGAAGAUAAAGAGAUUUCUACGUUACAAGAAGGUUCUUCUCGUUCUUGAUGAUGUUAAUCAUUCGGACCAAUUGGACUAUUUGGCUAGAAAGAAAGAUUGGUUUCAUAUUGGAAGUGUUGUUAUCAUUACAACUAGAAAUGACCAUCUACUGGUUAAACAUGGUGUAGAGAGAAAAUUUGAGGUCCAAGGACUAAGUAGUGAUGAAGCUCUUCAGCUUUUUAGCUUGAACGCCUUUAAAAGAGAUUACCCUGAACAAAAAUAUCUUGAAUUGUCUAAUCAAGUCCUCAACUAUGCCAAAGGUCUUCCAUUAGCUCUGAAAGUAUUGGGAUCUUUUCUACAUGGAAGAGGUGUAGGCGCCUUUUCUUCUCCUUCCAUUAGCUCUGAAAGUAUUGGGAUCUUUUCUACAUGGAAGAGGUGUAGGCGCCUGGAGAAGUGUUUUGUGCAAAUGGAGAGACAUAUUGGAAUAGAUGUCCUUGUGGAAAGAUCCCUCUUAACUGUUUCCUUCGGCACAAUAUGGAUGCAUGACUUGCUCCAAGAAAUGGGUUUAGAAAUUGUUCGCCGGGAGUCUCCUGAAGAGCCAGGCAAGCGCAGCAGGUUGUGGCUUUAUGAAGACAUCAAUCACGUGCUGGGUGGAAAUACAGGAACAGACACAGUGGAAGCCAUAGUCCUGGACCUUGACCAUAUCAUGGAUGUUACUGAUGAACCAGUUAUGCACAUGAAUUCUAAAUCAUUUUCGAAAAUGAACAAAUUGAGACUGCUUGAGAUACGUAAUGUGCAACUUUCUAAACUCUGUGAUGGCCUCGAGUAUCUUUCAACUGAGUUACGAAUUCUCAGGUGGUUGAAGUUUCCUCUACGAUCUUUGCCAUCAUCUUUCAACCCAGAGAAGAUAAAAGAAAUUAACUUGUGUCAUAGCCAGAUUGUAUAUCUUUGGAUGGGCAUAAAGCAUUUACACAGUUUGAAAACCAUCAACCUCAGCCACUCUUUGAAUCUUCUCGAGAUCCCAGACUUAAGUGGUAGUACAUAUCUUGAAUGUUUGAUUCUUGAAGGUUGUAUACGCCUGACUGAGGUUGACUCAUCAGUGGGUAUGCUGGAAAGACUGACUUUGUUGAACUUGAGAGAUUGCACAAGUCUGUGUCGUCUUCCAUGCAGUGUAUCUGGAUUGAAAUCUCUGAAAGUUCUUCUUCUUUCUCGUUGCUCGAAACUUGAAAAAUUGCCGGAAGAUUUGGGCGAUGUAAAAAGUUUGGAAGAGCUUGAUGUGGCUGGAACUACCAUGAGACCACUGCCUUCAUGCCUUGGUCCUCUGGAAGACAUCAUUGUCUUAAAUUUUGAUGGAACAAAGUUUUUCCGAUGGUCUUCUUUUGCUCAUUUGCAGUCUUUAAGAACUUUGAAUAUAAGUAACUGCAAUAUCUGGGAUAUGGGAUUUAUCCCUGUUGUCUGCCCCAUUAAGUUUUCAUUAAAAAGAUUAAAUCUAAGCUCUAACCAAUUUGUGAGGCUUCCGGGGAACAUCAGCCAACUUCACGUGCUUGAAUAUCUCGAUUUGCAGAGAUGCCAGUACCUUGAAGAAUUGCCGAAGCUUCCACCUCGUGUCGAAGUCAAUGCCAAUAAUUUCCUUUCGUUGGAGAUAGUGACCAAGUGGAAUUUUCUGUCAAAGGCAUAUUUUCUCAAUUGUUUCAGACUGGUGAAGCAACAAUUGGAGCGACACCUUCAGGCACUUUCAUAUCAUCGUCAAGUAGAGAAAUUUGAGUUUGUCAUUCCUGGAAAUGAUAUACCAGUGUUUUACUCAUCAAACCGCGGGUCCUUCGGCCAAGCUGUACUGGAUCACCUCUGGAUUUUCUGUAGUUCACUCCAGAGUCGUCAAGAUUGGCAACACAUUGAAUUUUUAUUUACGACAGAUGGCCAAGGUUUGCAAGUGAAGAAGUCUGGAGUUCGUGUAGUGUACCAUGAAGAUGAGGAAGAGAAGCUUAACAAUGUUUCUCAGGAGCCUUUCACAUCAUCUCCGGGUGAGGCAGCGACUAUAUCAUGUGCUACCAAGCGAAGUCCUGAACACUUUGAGUUUAAGUUCGGGUCUGAUGACGAAGUUGAUUUAGACGUUGGAGACGACGUAGCAAUCGCCUAUUUCUCUCAGGCUACAAACCUAGCAAUAGCAUGA